CUUUUUGUGAUAACUCGACUUGCGAAAUCCUGACCGCCAUAGCCAUUCGGGUCGUCUUCUGCCAGCUACAGCUGCUGCAACUGGAGAGUUUGCGCGCGGCCGUCUUGACUUCUAUGCGUGCGGAAAAACUCGUUUUGGUGCGAUCGGGUGGUUGAAGUUAGCUAGUGAUUGGCAGGUUGUGGCUGCGGGACAGGGAUCGGACGAUGGCUCACGCCGGGAGGAAGUUGAAAGGAUUAGAGAGAGGCUUUUGCGCUUCGUCGUUGCUUGGGGAGGUGUAGCGAGAAUAGGUACGACGGGCCGUUUUUGUGGCGAUGAAUGUGAGAGGGUUUGAGAGCGCUGGGAGUUUUGAUUGGGGUGGAAUUGGAGCAGUGGCGAUUGGGGUUGCGAUUGCGGUUUUCUGGAGGGCGUGAAGCGUUUGACCUGAUGUCGUCGUCUUAGGGAGGUGGAUUGGCUGGGUCGUGCUUGACUUCAAUAACGAUGGUAGUGGAGCGCCGCUUCGUGAGUGGGUUUUUACUCUGAUGAAUUCGAUUGAGUAUAUGAGGUCAUGCGGACAUUUUGUGCAUGUUGAAGGCGGAUAGUAUUGUUCUCGCGGAGAGUAUAUUAUUGAUUAUUGAUCUUGUCGGUUGGGAUUAUGAGACCCGUUUCUCUUGUCACACUUGUAUCUAACUACAGGCAAUGUCAUGGGAGAAAGUGGACUGCAGCUGUGGCCGUUUCACAGCGUCUUAUCUAAUUGACACUUGAAGUUAUGCUACGGACAGACUUCUGAAGGAUGAAAAGGAGUCGAUCACACAGCGAGGGAGGGGGGGGUCAAGAGCUGAACGUAGGAGUGAACUUGCAUAACGUAAACGCACCAUUCCAGCCGCGAGCAAGUGUUGCCUCUAUGUCACACCCACAGAUAUCGCUUUCUCUGGUGUCUUCAGAAGGUCGAACGGGUACUGGGACUGAGCCCUGCUGGGCUGGCAACACGCAACUUCGCGACUCGCCUACAGAAAGUGCUAGCUCUAGAGAGACAUGGCCCACGCAAGUAGGGUCCCAGCAAGACACGAUUGGAGGACAAGGACAGAACGAAGAGGUAGAAGAGGGCGACGAAGAAGAGGCAGAACAGAAGGUUGUUCAGCGGGUAAAUACUUCCAACCGAAUCCAGCCCCUAGAUAUCAUAAAAGAACCUCUUGAUAUUAUGGCACAGCGGAUGAGAGAGCAACCUGAUGAAUCCCUGGAGGAAUUGAAGGCUGAUGUACGCGAUAUUCUUGGCAAUCAAAAUCGAAGAGAGGAAUUUUCUCUUCUUCAGAGGCUGUUAACAAUUCGUCGUGAUUUUACCCCUGAAAGACUAAUGCGGGCUCAUAAGACCCAGCUUGAAAUAUUCGUAGCUCUGAAAACUGGAAUAUUGGCCUUUCUUCUUCCAGACAUAAGUGUGUUCCACACUGCACUGGUCGAGAUUUUCUUCCACAAAACCUGCCGCAAUAUUUCUUGUCGAAGCCCGCUCCCAGCCAAUGAUUGCACAUGUGAAUGUUGUAGGUCCAUGUCAGGUUUCUGCAACCAGUGCAUGUGCGUGAUGUGUAGCAAAUUCGAUUUUGAUGCCAACACAUUCCGAUGGCUCGGAUGCGAUGUUUGUUCACACUGGACGCAUUCUGAUUGUGCCAUGAGAAGUGGGACAAUAUCUAUGGGUGUAAGCACUAAGGCAGGGUCUGACCGCGAUUCGAAUUCUUGUGAAUUGAUUUUUCGAUGUAGAGCUUGUGGAGGUGUUUCUGAACUUCUAGGCUGGGCUAGGGAUGUAUUUCAAAAUUGCGCCUUGCGUUGGGAGAGAGACUCUUUGGGGAAAGAGCUGGACUAUGUGCGAAGGAUUUUCCAUAUGGCCGAUGACACUAAGGGGAAUCAUUUAGGCCGGAAGGCGCAGGAGGUUUUAGAUAAAAUGAAGAAUGGACUUGAUACCAGUUCUGCAAUCAAGGAGAUACUAUGCUUCUUUCAAGCAGAUACUGAGAACGUGGAGUCGAAAGACAAGGAAAGAGACAAUGUUAAAGUCCUUGAUAGAAGAGAAGUUUGUGACCGUGUAGCUGGAGUUGUUCGAGAAGUCAUAGCGAAACUAGAGGGUGUAGCCGAAGAGAAGGUUUUACUGGUGAAGAAGGCUCGAUCGGCUCUUGAAUCAUCUGACAGAGAACUUAAGGACAAGCAACAGGAGCUUGCAGACCUCCUGUAUGAGAAACAGAGAAAGAAACAACAAAUAGAAGAGUUGGAAUCAAUUGUGAGGCUGAAAAGGGCAGAGGCAGAGAUGUUCCAGUUCAAAUCUGACGAAGCCCGGAGGGAGGCCGAGGGCCUUCAGCGAAUUGUGUCGGCUAAAGUAGAGAAGGUUGAAGAAGAAUAUACGAGCAGGUAUCUCAAGCUGCGCUUAGAAGAAGCUGAAGCUGAGCGCCGUCUACUCUUUGACAAGCUCCAGGGUCCGGAUGCUGUGCGCUUUCUGAAGGGGUCAGAUCCGUCUCAGAUGCUUCUUCUCAACAAGAUUCAUGGGUUAUUUGAGAGGGUUGGCAUGGUGUCCACUAUGCCGCCUGAGGGUCCCUCUACCCCUACUGGGAAUGCUGCCAACGCAGGCUCAAUUCUAGCUUUUCCGUCAACAUCAGUUGUUGAAUCGUCCUGUUCGGGCUUGGCCUCCGGUCAGAGGAAGCGUCGCUGCAUGCACAGAUCUUGUUCAAUAUGGUCAUUAAAGAUCUUCAGAUCCAGCGAGAAAGAACAAUCAAGAUUAGACCAGGCAUUUCAUCCCGACAGUUGGCGGGUCCCCCAUUCAGAACUAUUUUUUGUGUAAUAUAUAUAUAUAUAUAUAUAUAUAUAUACAUACUCAUACAUAUAUACAGAUUGGUCAUUGUUCCCUAUUCAACUUUAAAUCGAAUACAAAACCGUGAAAUUGAAGCUAGGUUUUACAAAACUGGUUCAACUCUAAAACUAAUUUAAUUCUUAGCUUAUUAUAUAAAUUUUAGGCAGAUUAGGCAACCUAUCAAUAACAGUUAUAUGAAAGGAACAAACAAGUAUUGCUAUUAUUGUUUUUUAUAAAUUUUAACUUUUUAAA